AUGCCACAGCUCACGGUUGUUAAAGAUAAUCCAAGAAAAGUUUCUGUUGUCGUCUCUGAGGCUGUGAAAGAUGCGAAACAACACCCUCGUCAAGAGCUUCCAUUACACUUGUGCGUACAUAGGUUCGCUUGUUGUUGUUGUCUUUCUCCAACUCUAACAAGAAAUUAUUACACACCAUCCAUGAUGUUUUUAGUGACAGGAUGUCUGAUAACAUCAGAGAGUGUGGAAGUUCGAAAGAAUUUACCUGGAAAAUAUUUGGAAGUUUUCUUCUCAACACCAUUUACAGCUCACUAA